UCGCCCAUCAGUGCAUUAAAAGAUGUAAAGAUGGCGGAGCUACAGAUGCUGUUGGAAGAGGAGAUUCCGGCAGGUCGGAGAGCUUUGCUGGACAGUUUCACAAAUCUCGAAAGAGUCGCGGAUUACUGUGAAAAUAACUACAUCCAGUCACCAGAUAAGCACAGAGCCCUAGAGGAAACCAAAAACUACACCACGCAGUCCCUGGCCAGCGUAGCGUACCUGAUCAACACCUUGGCCAACAAUGUUCUGCAGAUGCUGGACAUCCAGGCGUCCCAGUUACGCCGCAUGGAGUCGUCCAUCAACCACAUCUCCCAGACGGUGGACAUCCACAAGGAGAAGGUGGCCCGGCGGGAGAUUGGCAUCCUCACCACCAAUAAGAACACCUCCCGCACGCACAAGAUCAUCGCACCAGCCAAUCCAGAGAGGCCUGUCCGCUACAUACGCAAGCCCAUUGACUACAAUGUGCUGGAUGACAUCGGACAUGGGGUGAAGUGGUUGCUUAGGUUUAAGGUCAGCGCUCAGAACAUGAAGAUGGGCGGGCUCCCUCGCACCACCCCGCCCACCCAGAAGCCCCCGAGCCCCCCCAUGUCAGGGAAGGGAACUAUCGGGCGGCACUCCCCCUACAGGACGCUGGAGCCAGUGCGCCCCCCUGUGGUCCCGAACGACUACGUCCCCAGCCCCACCCGCUCCAUGGGCCCACCGCAGCAGAGCCCAGUACGCACGGCUUCAGUUAACCAGAGGACCCGCACCUACAGCAGUGGGAGCAGUGGGGGCAGCCACCCCAGCAGCCGUAGCAGCAGCCGGGAGAACAGCGGGAGUGGCAGCGUGGGUGUGCCCAUCGCCGUGCCAACCCCGUCCCCGCCCAGCGCCUUCCCAGGCAACGCCCCUCAGUUCUACAGCAUGAACCGGACGGGGUCCCGACACAACAACCCCUCUGUGGGGGGCUCCCUGCCCUACCGCCGGCCCCCCUCGGUGACGGGCCAGCCCAGCCUGCCCCAAAACCAGCUCAACGGGGGACCCUACUACACCCAGGGCCCAGCCCCGCUCGCCCCCCCUCCCCCCUCCGUCCUGCAGAUCACCCCCCAGCUCCCGCUGAUGGGCUUUGUGGCUCGCGUUCAGGAGACCAUCUCAGACGGCCCUCCCCCGCCGCCCCCCUCAGAAGAGCCGGUGUUUGAGGACUCGCCCCCGCCGCCCCCUCCCCCGGAGGACUACGAGGAGGAGGAGUCGUCUGUGGUGGAGUACAGCGACCCGUACGCAGAGGAGGACCCGCCCUGGGCCCCGCCCAGCUACCUGGAGAAAGUGGUGGCCAUCUACGACUACGCCCGGGACAAAGAGGACGAGCUGUCCUUCCAGGAGGGCGCCAUCAUCUACGUCAUCAAGAAGAACGACGACGGCUGGUACGAGGGCGUCAUGUGCGGCACCACCGGCCUGUUUCCCGGCAACUACGUGGAGUCCAUCAUGCACUACGCCGACUGAGAGCCAGGGGGCGCCCUCUCCCCCACACUCCCGCCCCACAUACAGAAAUGGGAUAUUUACGAUAUAUACAGUACAGUACUGUGCAGAAGGCUUAGGCACAAUGGUUUGUUUUUUGUCUCGGAUGUUUAUUUAUAUUUUUAUUUAUAUUUGGUUUUCUGCAUUAGUGUGUCAUUAGAAAAGAGCAAAUUUGAGAUUUUCAAACAUUCAUUUUUCCCCAAAAAAUUGUUAGAGAAUGUUUUCCAUUUCUUUUAAUAAAAUAAUAUACUGUGUUAUGCAAGAUACCACUUUUAAGAUAACUUGAACAAGGCUGUUUGUAUUCAGCUGGGAUUAUCAGGAGAGCCUGUAGCAAGCGAGGUCAGUCCGUCUUCUCCAAUAUGUUUAGAACAACCUACCAGCUGAUUUUCUUAUAAAACUGCAGAACGGUGUACUGAGAGGAAUUGAUGCAAUUUUAAAGGCAAAGGUUGGUAACAACAAAUAUUUAUAUAGUUCUGAACCGUUUACUGCUCUUUAGAGUAAAACUUUUUUGUAUUUCGGAACUUCAUUUCAUUAUUUUAGAAAGUAUCUUUGUUUUACUGAUUUUUCUUUUACAUGUGCCUAAGACUUUUGUACAGUGUAUGCACACACACACACGCACGCACAUUCAAUUACCAAUUUAUUAGGUAUACAUUUCGGGUACUGGGAAGGACUGCCCUCUGCCCCCAGAACAGCCUGUAAUUGUGGAAUAGAUUUAACAUGGUGCUGGAAACAUUAUAGGGCCUAUUGUGUGCCAAGCCAACAUUCCCCACACCAUUACACCACCACCACCAGUCUGACCCGUUGACACGAUGCAGGAUGGAUUCCAUGUUACAGCAAAUUCUGACCCAACCCCUCUGCAUGUCGCCUUGUCUGAUGAAUCUCCAUUUCUGCGACAGUGCUGACUAGCCUCAGUUUCCUGUUCUUAGCUGGCCAGAGUGGAACCCAAGGUCUGAGAAUGGCUAAACUGGUUCAAGCUGACAGGAAGGUGACAUCAACUCAAACCAACUGACAUACACAGAACAGGAAUGUUUCCGGUACCUUGAUGAAUCCAUGCUACAAGUCUGCCUUUUCUGGAGCAAAGUUAGGUCCUACCCAUUACUGGAAAGGUGUACCUAAUAAGGUGGCCUCUGAGUGUUGAUGUGUGUGUAUAUAGUGUGCUUGUAUAUAUAAAUAGUGCGGAGGGUGAAGUUGGUUAAAGGUUGAAGACUGUAAUAAAAACGUCCCCUUUGAGUACUGGGGGUGGAAUUACACAUUUUUUUUAAGUUCCAGCAGAAAAUUUACAAUAAUGAUCACGAUAUUACUGAGGAGUACCAUUGUAAUAAAAGAGAAAGCACCCACUUUAUCUGUUUUUUAUUUUUAUUUUUGAAUGUGAGAUGAAGAUUGAAGUGAAAUUUGUUGUGAGGACAGAACAAAUUUCUCCUGCCUGGUUCUCGCCCUUUGUUUUGGGCUGAAGAAGCACCUUUGCCUGUGACAGGGUUGAACCGGGUUUUGGGAGCAGUGCAUUGUGGAAUGGUAGGCGUGCUACAGGCCUUUUUUUUUAAGGUGGCUUUCCCCCCAGAACUUCUGCUCUCAAUUCUGGGAUACUAAAGAUUGGCAUUGGGAGCUAAGAUGGACAGAGGUGGUUGGUUCAUCACUUUUGUUUUUCUCUACAGUCCCUCUUGAUUAUGUCACAGCAGUUCUUGUUCAGCUCAAUUAAACAGAACUGAUGGAGGCUCCUGCCCGGAGGAGAAACGGCCACACAGCAGUGUGUACAUUAUGGCUCAUUUUGAGAUUUCUACCAAACCCAAUCCGUUUUGCACAUUUCACUUUCCUAUGAGACCCGGUGAACACACCUACGCUCACUAAAUCCUGUAGAUUACUUUUUGUUUUGUUGUUUUGUUCAGUUUAAGUUGCCUUUAACUGGUUGCGAGCUGUAGUGUUGUGGUUCAAAUCGAAAGCCCCUUUGAUUGAGAUGUUGUAUGUGGUAUUACACAAGACUGCAUGCUCUAAUAAAACUCUUAAAUUAUUCAUCUUCAUUUCAUCCCAGCUCUUGGCUUCAUUUGGCUUUGAUUAUCAGUGUUCGUGUAAUGCAGUGAUGGCUAGUGAUGGUAUUCAUGCAAUAGGAGCUUCUGCUGGUGUUGGAGGACAGUGGAGUGCCAUAUCGUAAUGUUUUAAAUGUCCAUGUGAUGCUUUACUAAACUGUCCACCAGUACUUCUGUUCAACUGACGAAUGCAUCUGUACCAUUCGUCGAGUUGGUUAUGAAGUCUAUCUGGAACCGGAAUAGGCUACAGUCCUUACUAUUAAUGUUCUUGAAUUCAAAAUAUCGGGAUAUGCACUGACCACUUUAUUAGGAAUGCCUGUACACCUGCUCACUAAUGCUAUCAUCUGGCAGCAACUCGAUGCAUAAAAGCGUGCUGACAGGGUCAAGUGGUUCCGUUGUUAAUGGCUUGUUAAUGAGAGAGGUCAGAGGGGAAGGGCCUGACUAGGCCAAAGCUAGGCAAAUAGCCACACGUUUCAACAGUGGUAUGCAGAAGAGCAUCUCUGAACACACAACACAUCAAACAUUGAAGUGGAUGGGAUACAGCAGCAACACUCCCGUCAGCUUAGAACAGCAAACUGAGGUACACUGCAGUGGUCUCUGCCUCACCAGACCUGGCCAGUUGAAGACUGCGUAAUGCUGCCAUGCCAACAUGGACCCCAGAGUCUUCAGGGAAUGUUUCCAGCACUUUGUUGAAUCCAUGCCACAAAUAAUUCAGUAAUAGAACGGUGUACGUAAUAAAGUGGUCUGAGUGUAUAUGGGGGAAUUGAUGAGUUGCAUAGUAAAGCUCCCAAAUAAUUAGAUAUUCAUGGAUUUUAGUAGUAAUUAUGCAGAAGUUUAUUUUUUUCUUUUAUUAUUAUUUAAAUGUUGGAGUGGUGGUACUUGGCAAUAACCGGGCAGGGUAUGAAGAUUUAAAAUGCCGAUGUUUUAGCACUAAAAGCACAUUGUGGACAGGGCCCGGUAAUGCAGUGACAUCUGAAAGCCGUGUGUCUGGUUCUCUAUGAUAAUCCACUGAAGAGGAGUCUCCCAUUGAGCCAUUCGCUUUGGAAUGGAUCCCUAUUCUGGAAUGCCACUGAAAUAUCAGACUGAAAUGGUUGUGUUUAAUGCAAAAACAAAACAAAAAAAAAAAACUGUCAAAAUGGUUAUGCACAAAGAGUGUAUUUACAUGCUAUAUGUGAGUUUGGAUGGGGGUUUUGUUGUGUCCAUGGGGAGGGUUGAGUUUUAUCUGUGUCGAACCUUGUUCCUGCCAGUGAGUGGGUCUGUGCUUGUGACUCGUGCAUGUCCUUUAUCUGACCCCCGAGUGUCCAGGAGACCUGUAACCUGUGACCUUUGACUGCUUCGGUCAGAGGUCAGAACAGGAACAGAACCAACGUUCUGAGAUGAGUACAAUAAAAGAAGACUAUUGGAAGUAAA